GUCUGCAACUUCCAUUGUUUCGAUGGAGGAAAAUUCAAACCAAUGUGCAGCAGAAUCAGCUGCAAUUCCUCUCAACAUGGAAGGAGAAUCUAAUGAUGGGGAAGAAAGAGAUCCAGAAAGCAUUUCACUGAGCCAACCACUCCUCCGGAGAAACCGGACACUCUCUUCCAGUCCACUGGCUAUAGUUGGAGCAAAAGUCUCCUACAUAGAGAGCUUGGACUAUGAGAUCAACGAGAAUGAUCUCUUUAAGCAUGACUGGAGAAGCAGAUCCAAAGUCCAAGUCUUGCAGUAUAUAUUCUUGAAAUGGAUCCUCGCCUUCCUUGUUGGACUUUUAACUGGUAUAAUUGCCACGCUCAUUAACCUUGCAGUUGAGAAUAUUGCUGGCUACAAGCUUCUCGCCGCAGUUAGUUUCAUAGAGAAAGAGAGGUACCUCAUGGGGUUCAUCUAUUUAGCUGGGGCCAAUCUCCUACUGACCACUGUUGCUUCCGUUCUCUGCGUGUGUUUUGCACCCACUGCGGCCGGACCCGGUAUACCUGAAAUCAAAGCUUAUCUAAACGGAGUGGACACUCCUAAUAUGUUUGGUGCUACAACAAUGAUUGUCAAGGUGGGUUGGCUUUUGCAAAUUGAAUGUUGUCUCAAGAUAAUUUCAAUAAUCGGAAGCAUUGGGGCUGUCUCUGCAGGCCUAGAUCUUGGAAAAGAAGGACCUCUAGUGCACAUUGGAAGCUGCAUUGCUUCCUUACUAGGCCAAGGGGGACCUGACAAUCACUGUAUCAAAUGGCGCUGGCUCCGCUACUUCAAUAAUGACCGUGACCGCCGGGAUCUCAUUACUUGUGGCGCUGCCUCUGGGGUAUGUGCAGCUUUCCGAGCCCCUGUGGGUGGCGUACUGUUUGCUCUUGAAGAGGUGGCAACAUGGUGGAGGAGUGCCCUUCUCUGGAGAACUUUCUUCAGCACAGCCAUUGUGGUCAUGGUGCUUAGAACUUUCAUUGAAAUAUGCAAUGCCGGGGGAUGUGGGCUUUUUGGAAAAGGAGGGCUUAUCAUGUUCGAUGUAAGCACUGUUACUGUGACGUACCAUAUGAUGGAUAUCAUCCCCGUAGUUGUAAUUGGCAUUAUUGGUGGAGUUUUGGGAAGCCUGUACAACUUUUUUCUCCACAAGAUCCUCAGACUAUACAAUCUCAUAAAUCAGAAGGGUAAAGUUCACAAGCUCCUCCUCAGUCUCAGUGUAUCACUCUUUACCUCUGCAUGCUUAUAUGGUCUCCCUUUCCUCGUCGAAUGCACACCCUGUGAUUCCUCUCUUGCAGAGUCUGUCUGCCCCACCAAUGAAGGGUCUGGAAACUUCAAACAAUUCAACUGCCCAGAUGGCCACUACAAUGACCUGGCUACUCUUCUCCUUGCCACUAAUGAUGAUGCAGUUCGAAACAUCUUCUCAACUACCACAUCCACUGAAUACCAUCCUAUCUCCCUCCUAAUCUUCUUCGCACUUUAUUGCAUCUUAGGAUUGUUUACCUUUGGAAUUGCUGUGCCAACUGGACUGUUCCUCCCCAUCAUCCUUAUGGGCUCAGCUUAUGGCCGCAUGCUUGGUAUCGCCAUGAAAUCCUAUACGAGCAUUGACCAGGGGCUUUUUGCUGUUCUUGGUGCAGCUUCUCUAAUGGCAGGAUCAAUGAGGAUGACAGUUUCACUAUGUGUCAUAUUUCUUGAGCUCACCAACAACCUCCUCUUACUACCCAUAACAAUGAUUGUCCUCCUAAUUGCUAAAACAGUAGGAGACAGCUUCAACCCAAGCAUCUAUGAGAUUAUACUGCAUUUAAAAGGUUUGCCUUUCUUGGAUGCACAUCCAGAACCAUGGAUGAGGAAUCUGACCGUAGGUGAGCUUGCUGAUGCCAAGCUGCCAGUAGUCACCCUUCGUGGAAUUGAAACAGUGGAACGUAUUGUGGAGGUCCUGAGAAACACCACACACAAUGGUUUCCCUGUUAUAGAUGAUGGAGUGGUGCCACCAGUAGGAUUGGCCGUUGGGGCAACAGAAGUACAUGGACUAAUCCUUCGAGCUCACCUUGUUCAUGUGCUGAAGAAGAAAUGGUUCCAAAGAGAGAAAAGAAGAACAGAGGAGUGGGAAGUGAGAGAGAAAUUUACCUGGGUUGAGUUGGCUGAGAGGGAAGGAAAGAUCGAGGAGGUGGCCGUGACAAGUGAAGAAAUGGAGAUGUAUGUAGAUCUGCAUCCCCUCACUAAUACAACACCUUAUACAGUGAUGGAAAGCAUGUCAGUGGCAAAAGCUAUGGUGCUUUUCAGACAACUGGGACUCCGUCAUUUGCUCAUUGUGCCAAAGUAUGAAGCAGCUGGGGUGCCUCCCGUUGUUGGGAUCUUAACCAGGCAGGAUUUAAUAGCUUACAACAUUUUGAAUGCCUUUCCACAUCUCACGAAACCCACAAGCAGAGAGAAGGGGAACUGAAAACGUCUUCUCCUCAACCAACGGAACUAGCAGCUUUCCUGAUGCAAGACA